CUUUGCCUGAAAUUGAAAGUACUGGCGGGCGCUCGAGCGCUCGAGCUGAGCCCCUAUGGCUGUGGCUAUGGCUAUGGCUGUGGCUAUGGCUAUCGCCAUAGCUCCCACCCCAUCGACCGCUCCCAAGCAAACCCAAAAUGGCUGCAAUUCUUCAAGUCCGAUUCCGCUCCUCAAUUGGGCUUUUUGACCCUUCAUUUUCCGCCCGGUUCCCAAAAUUUCUCCCCCAAUUCAAGCCUGUUUCUGUCUCUUUCAACCCCAUCUCUGCGCCAACCUUGUGCUGCCAUCGCUUCGUUUUAAGAUUUGGCUCCACCAGUGCUCCCAAAAUCCGCCGGAAUCAGUAUCCGGUUGCGGCAGUUAUGUUGUUGCCUGAUAAUCCGGUGGUCUCCGACAUCUGCGCCACCGCCGUCGCGGGUGGAAUCGCCUUAUCCUUGCUUCGAUUGUGGCAGGAAACGGCGAAACGUGGCCUUGAUCAGAAAUUGAACAGGAAGCUUGUUCAUAUAAGCAUCGGGCUUGCUUUCAUGCUUUGCUGGCCUAUGUUCAGUUCUGGUCAACGAGGAGCUCUAUUGGCGUCUCUAAUUCCCGGAGUCAAUAUCAUACGAAUGCUUGUCUUGGGAUUGGGAAUAUUGAAAGAUGAGGCUACGGUGAAGUCAAUGAGCAGAUAUGGAGACUACAGGGAGCUUUUGAAGGGACCUUUAUAUUAUGUUACAACAAUUACAUUAGCCUGUAUAAUAUAUUGGAGGACCUCCCCCAUUUCAAUUGCCCUUGUGUGCAACUUAUGUGCUGGAGAUGGGUUGGCCGAUGUCAUUGGAAGACGAUUUGGAAGUCGAAAGAUCUCUUACAACAAAAACAAGUCGCUAGCUGGCAGUGUGGCAAUGGCAUCUGCUGGUUUUCUUGCAUCUGUUGGGUAUAUGUACUACUUUUCCUCAUUUGGGUAUCUUGAGGGAAGCAGCAGAAUGAUUUUGGGAUUCUUAGUUGUGUCUGUUGCCUCAGCUUUGGUAGAGUCUCUGCCCAUAAGCACUGAGAUUGAUGACAACCUCAGUGUUCCCCUCACUUCUUUGCUGGUGGGGAGCCUUGUUUUUUAGUAUUUGGGGAUUUCUUACAAAUCAUGUAAUAUUAUUAUUGUAUGAACUGAAUAGAUUUUGCUGAACCAACUACUAUUAGACAUUGCUAAUGAAAUUCUAUUGAAGCCAUUGUAUCAAA